UUGAGGGAGGUUUAAAGGCGUCGAGAACACGCGGUGCCUCCUCACUUCCUGGUUGAAGAUGGCGGAUGAGAAUGAGACAGCACCGAUGCCGGAUAAAGAAGAUGUAGAGGACCACGGCCACUGCAGCGACUGUGAAAAUGACGAGCACCACUUUGACGAUGGUGACCGGGGUCUUGGAGACGAUACCGGUGCCAAGAAGAAGAAAAAGAAGCAGAAAAAGAAGAAGAAAUCUGGUGCCACAGAAGCAUCUCAGGACCCACUUGCCAAGGUUAAUUCAUUGCCAGCUGAUAAGCUGCAAGAGAUCCAGAAGGCCAUUGAACUGAUCUCUGUAGGCCAAGGACCUGCCAAAACGAUGGAGGAGGCGAGUCGAAGGAGUUACCAGUUCUGGGACACACAGCCUGUGCCUAAGCUAGGGGAGACCGUGACAUCACAUGGCUCAAUUGAACCUGACAAAGACAACAUCCGGGAGGAGCCCUACAGCCUCCCACAGGGCUUCAGUUGGGACACCCUUGACCUAGGAAACGCUGCUGUGCUCAAGGAGCUUUACACCCUUCUUAAUGAAAACUAUGUGGAGGACGAUGACAACAUGUUCAGAUUUGACUACUCCCCUGAGUUCCUGCUCUGGGCCCUGCGUCCUCCAGGCUGGCUGCCUCAGUGGCAUUGUGGAGUCAGAGUCAAUUCCAACCAAAAGCUGGUGGGCUUCAUUAGUGCCAUUCCUGCCACAAUCCAUAUCUAUGAUAUAGAAAAGAAAAUGGUAGAGAUAAAUUUCCUCUGCGUCCACAAGAAGCUUCGCUCCAAACGAGUUGCUCCAGUUCUGAUCAGAGAAAUCACCAGACGGGUCAACCUGCAGGGAAUCUUCCAGGCAGUGUAUACCGCUGGAGUAGUACUGCCCAAACCUGUUGGCACAUGCAGGUACUGGCAUCGCUCUUUGAACCCACGCAAGCUGAUUGAGGUAAAGUUCUCCCACCUGAGCAGGAACAUGACUAUGCAGCGCACCAUGAAGCUGUACCGUCUGCCUGAGGCCCCAAAGACUUCAGGUCUGCGACCGAUGACCAGAAAGGAUGUUCCAGUGGUGCAUCGUCUUCUCCGUGAAUACCUGAGCCAGUUCAACCUGGUGCCUGUCAUGAACCAGGAAGAGGUGGCACACUGGCUGCUACCCCGGGAGAACAUUAUUGACACUUACCUUGUGGAGAAUGAUGGAAAGGUGACAGAUUUCUUGAGUUUCUACACACUACCAUCUACUAUCAUGAACCACCCUGUGCACCGCAGUCUGAAAGCAGCUUACUCCUUCUAUAAUGUGCACACCAGCACCCCCCUGCUUGACCUGAUGUACGAUGCCCUCAUUCUGGCCAAAUCGAAAGGAUUUGACGUCUUCAAUGCACUGGAUCUAAUGGAAAACAAAACUUUCUUGGAGAAGCUUAAGUUUGGUGUUGGUGAUGGAAAUCUUCAGUAUUAUCUGUACAAUUGGAAGUGUCCCAGCAUGGGGUCAGAAAAGGUUGGGUUGGUGCUGCAGUGAUGUCCCUUUAUGCCAUGAACAAGUGUCACCAACAGAUCAGGACACAGCUCCAUCGCACCGGCCUGCUGACAGAUGGACUGAUGACUUCCUGCUUCAGGAAAACAAAAUGCACCGCCCAUUUUUACUUUUUGACCUUUUGAACUUUGACCUGCACUACCGCUGCCAGGAAAGGAGGCAGGAGAGUCUUCAGCUCUUCCUAUUUCCUCUAUCACACGGACCUUAAGCCAUUGUAGUUUCCAUCCCAAACAACUGUAUUACAUCUGAGAGCUGUCUUGAUUGUACCAAACACACACGAUCAGUUUGCACAGACUACUGUAUACCAAACUCCUCUGCUGGCAUACCUACAAUGCAUGUAAAUAAUAUCCAACAUACCUGCAAAUUAUUCCCUUACACAUGCAGACUAGAAACUCCUGUUUUAUUUUAAUUCUUAAUUGUUGAAAGUGCUUUUUGCAAUUAAAACAGUUGUCAUCUUUAAGUUUUAGAAAUAAAUUAUCAAAAUGAAAAAAAUUUUAAAAAGCAAAGGGUCAAAAAGAUGAGAUAAUAAAUAUCAAAAGUGGACGUGAGAUAAGGGCUUCUGUUAAGAUUUGGCUCGUCAUGUUUGAUACUUCUGUCGUUUUUCUUUUUUUUUUUUUUUUCCUCAUGCCCACAAGCCUUCUGUUUAACCAAUCGUGAGUUGUUUCAGCGCUGAUUGGAGAGUUGGUGUUCAUCAUGUCCCUCUUUUCCGGGAUAGUUCGCUGGGACAAGAUGAUGACCAUACAGUUUUGUAUGGUGCUGAAUUUGAAGCUCUUUUUACAUUUACGUAACACACUGAUGUCCAGGUUCAAUGGUCACCUCUCUGUGUUCUGACAUUGCAUGAUCCCAAACAGUAUGCAAUGACUGGUAUUAAAAAUGGAUAAUGCUUGAGGGAACUGUGAAGAAAGUCUUAAAAGUAAAGGAAAAACUCAUUUGAUAUGGCAACAGGUUUAGAUGCAGAGCAAACACUGUGUUGAGUUCUUUGCUGUAGAAAAGCGUAAUGAUUGUUUUUGACUUGUGGGAUAAAAUAACAUCUUUAUAUUUUGCUAUUGGGCUAUAUUUAGAAAAUGACAAUUGUGUACUUUUACUAGCAGCCAUAUUAAAUAUGAGCCUCACAGGUAAGAUUUCGCCUCACAGCAUAGAGCCAUACCUUGUACAUUACCUAGUACAGAAGCAGUGCGUAUGAUUGAGCUGGGCCCAUAAACAGCAGUCUUGGACUUUGUGCAGGUUUGGUGGUGACAUCAGUACCUAAGGAAAUACCACCACCACCCUAAGUGUUUCUUAUGAGGUUGGAUUUACUAUUGGCAACGGAUGUAAACGCAUAACUGGUCUCGUGUUAUGAUGCAGGAAAUGAAUGUUGAAGAUGCAAGUGAUUUUUUUGAAGCAAAAAUAAAAUUAGUUGCUCUGAA